CGACUGUGUUGUUCCUUCCCCAAAAAUCUGAAUUACUUUCAACUUUUGGAAUAACUUUUAAGGACUGAGAGAAACUACUUUAAUUUAUUUAUCUGUUAAAAGGUUCCUAUAAUUAUGAUCUCUUUCGCUCACAUGAAUCAUGAGGAGCGGCUUACGGAUGCUGCGUUUUGCCUCAGAGAAGUUGAGGUGAAACUUCACUGACAAGCACGGGACGUCCAAUCUUCAUACGGAAUUCAUUCUGCGUUGAAGGAAUUAUAACCGAGUGAAAUAUUUCAAUAACUUUUUUUUUACACGAGAGACAUUUCUUUUGGAAUAAUUUUGUGCGCUAUAUCUGUGGAAAUAUCCUUGACUAUCCGUGAGUAGCGCAACUUGGAAAUACAAUGCUUUAGUAAUCGGUAAACUCGAAAUUGAUGCAUUUUAGGCAUGGACUUUGUUUGAAGAAGGUGAACUGGGAUCUUGAUCAUGACGCUCACAGGUAGAGGCUUCGGCCGAUUUCGUUUGAUUUUAUUGAUGCUAUGGACUCUCUCGCAGUAUUCUGCAUCCAGCCAAGUUCGUCAAGAGUUUCAAGUGUUGGAAGAACAACCUAUUGGUACCUAUGUCGGAACGAUUGAAACGAAACCCAGCUUCACUUACCGCUUCAGUGAAAAUCACAAACUUUUUGCAAUUAACGGCACUACGGGAGCCAUUUACACCUCUUCAGUAAUUGACAGAGAGGUUUUACAAAGCAGUGUCAUUAACGUUGUGGUCCUCUCCAGCCAGCCUACAUAUCCAACCGAAGUGAGGAUAGUUGUGCUGGACAUAAAUGAUAAUUCUCCGGUAUUCCCCGACACGUCUAUUGUAGUUUCCUUCAAAGAGGAUGCUAGCAGUGGCCGACAAGUGAUUCUGGACACAGCCACAGAUUCGGACAUUGGAAGCAACGGCGUAGACCACACCACGUACAGGAUAGUGAACGGGAACGAGCAGAGGAAAUUCCGUUUGGAUAUAACGGUCAACCCUAGUGGGGAGGGAGCAUUCUUGCAUCUCGUUUCAACCGGAGGCUUGGACAGAGAAAUCACACCCUUUUACCAGCUCUUGAUAGAAGUGGAGGACAAAGGAGACCCCAAAAAGUUUGGCUACUUGCAAGUGAACGUUACUAUUCAAGAUAUAAACGACAACCCCCCUAUUUUCGAUAAUGAUCAAUAUCAGACAAGUGUUUUUGAGGAUGCUGCAGUUGGUUCAAGUGUUCUGCAGAUAACUGCCUCAGACCAAGAUGAAGGGGCCAAUGCAGACAUCAGGUACUUUUUAGAUGAGGGAACUCCAUUCCAAAUCGACCCUAAGGCAGGUACCAUCAUUAUAAAAGAAAGUUUGGAUUAUGAGAGCAAGAAGGAGUACUCUUUGACCAUCCAGGCUACUGACAAUGGGGUUCCAUCUUUAUCUGGCAGGGCAGAGGCCAUAAUUAAACUCCUGGAUGUGAAUGAUAACGACCCAGUUGUAAAAUUCAGAUAUUUCCCCACCACCUCAAAAUUUGCUUCGGUUGAUGAGAACGCCCAGAUUGGCACCGUGGUGGCUUUACUCACCGUCUCUGACUCUGACUCUCCCACUGCCAACGGGAACAUCUCUGUCUCCAUCUUAGGAGGAAAUGAGCAGAGGCACUUUGAAGUGCACACCUCACCUGUCCCCAAUCUAAGUUUGAUUAAAGUGGCCAGUGUUUUAGACCGAGAGCGUAUAUCUUCCUACAACCUGACAGUGUCUGUGUCAGACAAUGGCAAGCCCAUGUCCAGGUCCUCCUUCGCUAGCCUGGUUAUUUUUGUGAAUGAUAUCAAUGACCACCCGCCUAUAUUUCAGGAAACCCUGUACAAAGUAGAUAUCUGUGAAGACAUUCCUAAAGGCAGCUACAUUAAAGGGGUCUCGGCAACAGAUGGUGACUCUGGGCAGAAUGCCAAUCUCCGCUACUCUCUCGUGUCUGGAAACAGUUUGGGCUGGUUUGCCAUCAGUGAAAACAGUGGCCUGGUUACCAGUGCCGCUUUGCUGGAUAGGGAAAUCACAUCUGAAAUAGUGCUCAACAUCAGUGCCAAAGACCAGGGGCUGCAGCCUAAGAUCUCCUACACCAGGCUGAUAGUGAACAUCACUGACGUGAACGAUCAGGUUCCCACCUUCACUCAGAGCACCUAUCACAUCUCCCUGGUGGAGCACUCUCCCACCGGCACAGAGCUGCUGGUGCUGGCCGCCUCCGAUGACGACCUCGGGGUCAACGGGACGGUCCGGUUCUCGUUUGACCCCGAGACUCCGUCCUCCGUGCAGGAGCUGUUCCGUCUAGACGCGGGUUCGGGCAGGCUGAGCACAGCCACGGAGAUGGACAGGGAGGACCAGGGCUCCUACCUUCUCUACAUCAAGGCCACCGACUCGGGCCAUCCCCCUCUUCACUCCACCGGGAAGGUGAACAUCACCCUGAAGGACGUAAACGACAACAGGCCGGUUUUCUACCCGGUGCAGUACUUUGCCAACGUGAAGGAGAACGAGCCCUCCGGCUCCUCUGUGACCACGGUGUCGGCCUCUGACCCCGAUCUGGGGAGGAACGGCACGGUGAAGUACGUCAUCUCUGCCGGGGACUCAUCCAAAUUCCACAUCCACAGCAACACGGGUAAAAUCACCACCCUGGUGUCGUUGGACCGCGAGGAGAAGACCACCCACCAGCUGCAGGUGACGGCGGCAGAUGGGGGUGGCCUGCGCUCUCAAACCCAGGCCAUCGUCACCAUCACGGUCAUAGACACGCAGGAUAACCCCCCCAGUUUCAGCCAGAAGGUCUACAGCUUCGUCAUGUUUGAAAACGUGGGCGUCGGCACGGUCAUCGGAACUGUGUCGGCCUCCACGGUGGACCUGAACACCAACAUCACCUACCUGAUCACCUCCGGAGACCAGAGAGGGCUUUUCAACAUCCACGGCGCCACGGGUGAGAUCACGGCCGCCAGUCAGAUAGACAGAGAGGAGCAGUCCUUCUACCAGCUGAAGGUGAUAGCGCGAGGAGGCGAGGUCACAGGGGAGGCCCUCGUCAACAUCACGGUGAAGGAUCUAAACGACAACGCCCCCCGUUUCCUCCACGCCGUGGAGCACGUGAGCGCGGUGGAGAACUGGAGCACGGGACACCUCAUCUUCCAGGCCAAGGCCUCCGACCCGGACGAGGGCACCAACGGCGUGGUGGUCUACAGCCUGAAGCAGAACCCCAAAGGCCUGUUCCACAUCCAGGAGAGGCACGGCCUCAUCACCCUGACCGGCCCUCUGGAGGCCAGCACCAGCUCCUACCAGGUGGAGGUCCUGGCCUCUGACAUGGGGGUCCCCCAACGCACCUCCAGCCUCAUCCUGACCGUCAGCGUGUACGACGUUAACGACAACUCCCCCGUGUUCGACCAGCUCUCCUACGAGGUCGUCAUCUCGGAGGCCGAGCCCGUCAACAGUCGCUUCUUCAAAGUGGAGGCCACCGACAAAGACUCGGGCCUCAACGGAGAAAUCGUGUACGACAUCGUAGGCGGGAACACGAGGGAUGUUUUCGGCGUGUUUCCCGACGGCCAGCUGUACAUAAAGACCGAGCUAGACAGAGAGACCCAGGACAGAUACAACUUAGUGCUGGUGGCCACAGACAGGGCGGUGGAGCCACUAAGUGCCAGUGUCAAUGUCAGUGUAAUUCUAGACGACGUCAAUGACAACCGGCCCCUCUUUAACAGCACUAAUUACGUGUUCCGCUUCGAGGAAGAGCAGAGCAGAGGUUCACCGGUGGGGCGUGUCUUCGCCGAGGAUAAGGACUUUGGCCCCAACAGCGAGGUCAGAUAUGCGUUUGAGACUCCGCAGUCCAACUUUGAAUUAGACGCCAUCACCGGGGAGUUGAGCAGCACUCUGCAGUUGGACCGCGAGGCGCUCGUGAGACAGAGAGGCGCCGCGGUGUUUAGCUUCACCGUCGUCUCCUCAGACCAGGGCCUCCCCAAGGCCCUCAGAGACCAGGCCAAAGUGCAGGUUUACAUCCAAGACAUCAACGACAACCCACCCAAGUUCACCAAAGACGUUUACCAGGCCUCCGUCUCCGAGUCGGGCCAGAACAUGACGCAGCUCCUCAGGGUGUCCGCUUCCGACGUGGACGAGAACGACAACGGCCUCGUCCGGUACCGCGUCGCCGAGGGCAACGAGGAGGCUCAGUUUGCCCUCGACGGCCAGUCCGGCCAGGUCACCCUGGUGGGGAAGCUGGACUACGAGGCCACCUCCUCCUACUCUCUCAAAAUCAUCGCUGUUGACUCCGGGGCCGUGCCUCUGUCCUCCUCCUGCAUGCUCAGCAUCAGUGUCCUGGACGAGAACGACAACUCCCCCUCCUUCCCCAAGGCGUCUGUGUCUGUGGACGUUUUGGAGAACAUGAGGAUAGGAGAGCUGGUCGCCUCUGUGACCGCCACCGACUCCGACUCGGGGCUGAACUCUGACAUCACGUACAGCAUCACAGCCACCAACAACCAUGGCACCUUCAGCAUCAGCCCCAACACUGGCAGCAUCUUUCUGGUGAAGAAGCUGGAUUACGAAACGCAGUCUGUGUACAAGCUGAACAUCACCGCCAAGGACAAUGGUCGACCGCCGCGCUCCUCCUCCAUCCCCGUGGUCAUUCACGUCCGAGACUUCAACGACAACCCUCCUAUAUUCACCCCGGGGGAUAUAUUCAAAUCCAUCCCGGAGAAUCUUCCCAUCUCCGCCUCUGUGAUGACCAUCACAGCCCACGACACGGACGCGGACAUCAACGGCCAGCUUGAGUACUCUAUCGUCCAGCAGAACCCCAGGGGGUCUCACUUCAGUAUCGACCCCAGCACCGGCCUCAUACACACCAGCAAGGAGAUCGACAGGGAGUUCUCUAAUCUCUUCGAGCUGACGGUCAAAGCCACCGACCAGGCCGUGCCUGUGGAGUUCCGCCGCUUCGCCCUGAAGAACGUCACCAUCUGGGUGACGGACCAGAACGACAACGUCCCCACCUUCCUGUCUCAGAACGCUCUGGUGGCCGAGUCCAGCAUCGUCAUCGGCUCCAUCCUGACCACGGUGGUGGCGUUCGAUCCGGACGAGGGCGCGAACGGCGAGGUGGAGUACGAGCUGGUGAAGGGCGACUCGGACACCUUCAUCAUGGACCGCUACAGCGGGGACAUCCGUCUGGCCUCCCAGCUCCUCCCCUCCAGACUCGUCUACAGCCUCACCGUGUCGGCCACGGACCACGGCAGCCACAGGAAGACCUCCAGGACGGAGCUGACCAUCAUCCUCCAGGGGCCCGACGGCCCCGUGUUCUCCCAGCCCAAGUACAUCACCAUCCUGAAGGAGGGCCAGCCAGCUGGCACAAACGUCAUCUCCCUGGACGCCUCCAGCCCCCGGGGCUCUGGCACCAAGCUGGAGUUUUUCAUCGUGGCGGUGCGCAGCGGAGGCAAGGCCGCGGGACGGCUGUUCACCAUCGGACGCCACACCGGUGUGAUCCAGACGGCUGCCGAGCUGGACCGCGAGCGGGGAUCCGACCUGUACCUGCUGGAUGUGUACGCCAUCGAGACGGACGCCAACCAGCCACGGACGCAGCGUGCUGAGGUGGAGAUUACUCUGCAGGACGUUAAUGACAACCCGCCUGUUUUCCCCAACGACAUUCUGGACGUGACCAUCGAGGAGAACAUUGGGGAUGGAUUCAAGAUAAUGCAGCUAACAGCUACGGAUGCAGAUGAGGGUCCUAAUGCCCUUGUGACAUACACCAUAAUCAGCGGCGCAGAUGACAGCUUCCGGAUCGACCCCGAGUCAGGUGACCUGAUCGCCACCAAGCGAUUGGACCGUGAGCGCCGCUCCAAGUAUUCCCUGCUGGUACGAGCGGACGACGGGAAGCAGUCCUCUGACAUGAGGCUCAACAUCACAGUCAGCGACGUCAACGACCACACGCCCAAAUUCUCCCGGGAAACGUACUCCUUCGAUCUCCCCGAGGACAUGGCACCAGGCUCCAUCGUGGCGGCCAUCUUGGCCAGCGACUCGGACUCCGGGGUGAACGGGGAGAUCACCUACUCCCUGGAGGAGGACGAUGAAGACCAGACCUUCCUCCUUAACCCCGUGACUGGGGUCUUCAACGUGACAAGGCCUCUGGACUACGAAUCCCAGCAGUACUACAUCCUGACGGUGCGGGCCCAGGACGGGGGCGGGCUGGCCAGCACAGUCAGGGUCUACUUCAACAUCCUGGACGUGAACGAUAACCGUCCCGUGUUCAACAGCAGCGUGUACAGCUCGUCCGUCACUGAGAGCCUUCCUCUCGGCUCCAGCAUCGUCACGGUGGGGGCCAGCGAUGCCGACGAUGGUCCUAAUGCCGAGCUGUUCUACAGCAUCGUGUCCGGUGACCCCCAGGGCCAGUUUGACAUCACCAAGGCAGGCGUUCUGCAGACCAAGAAGACCCUGGACAGAGAGGCCCAGUCCUUCUACAACCUGGUGGUGACCGUCCAGGACCUGGCCCCGGCCCCCCUGUCCCGCUUCACCAGCACUGCCCAGGUCUCCAUCAUCCUGCUGGACGUGAACGACUGCCCGCCCACCUUCACCUCUCAGAAGAUGACCUUCAUCCAGGAGAACACGCCGGUCGACACCGUGGUCUUCAAGGCCCAGGCCUCCGACUCCGACAGCGGCCCCAACAGCUACGUGGAGUACUCCCUCCGAGGUCGCCACGGGAACAAGUUCAGCAUCGGCACCAUCGAUGGGGACGUGAGGCUGGUGGGGGAACUGGACCGAGAGGAGCACUCCAACUACACCUUGACGGUGGUGGCGACGGAUAAAGGGGAACCCCCCCUGUCCUCCACCAUGGAGGUUACCAUGAUGGUUCUGGACGUAAACGACAACACGCCCAGCUUCUCCCAGAACAUCUACGACGUGGAGAUCGAGGAGAACAUGUUGACUGGCACGGACGUCCUCCAGGUGUUCGCCAGCGACGCCGACGAGGGGACCAACGGGCAGAUCCGCUUCUCCGUGGGCGGAGGGAACUCCGGCAACUCGGAUUUCCGGAUCGACUCGGUGACCGGGGUGAUCUCGGUUGCCCGGCAGCUGGACCGGGAGGCGCGGGCAUCGUACUCGCUGGUGGUCCAGGCGGCCGACCGAGGGAGCAGCCCCAGGGUGGACCGAGCCACCGUCAACAUCGUGCUGCUGGACGUCAACGACUGCUCGCCCGUGUUCGAGCUGUCGCCUUACUCCGUGAACGUCCAGGAGAACCUGGGAAGUCUUCCCAGAAACGUUCUACAGGUGGUGGCCAGAGAUGACGACCAGGGAGCCAACGGCCAGCUGAGCUACAUGCUGAGCGGCGGGAACGAGGAAGGCUCCUUCAGCCUCUCCUCCAGCGGCCAGCUCAGCCUCACCCACACCCUGGACCGGGAAGCCCGAGGGCAGUACACCCUCCUGGUCACGGCCACGGACUCAGGUUCUCCUCCCCUCAGCGGAACAGGCACGGUCACAGUCCUGGUGGAUGACAUCAACGACAACGUCCCCAUAUUCACCUCGUCCUCCUUCCACACCACCGUCCCCGAGGACGCCCCGACGGGUACCGACGUGCUGCUGGUCGACAGCGCUGACGCCGACGUGGGCCUCAACGGCGUCAUAAGUUACAGCCUGACGGGAGGCAGUGGCCAGUUCUCCAUCAACCCUGCCACGGGCCAGAUCAUCACCAGCUCGUCCCUGGACCGUGAGGCACGAGCCAGCUACCAGCUCCUGGUGGUGGCCUCCGAUGGAGGGCAGCCUCUGGGGCUGUCCAGCUCCGCCACCGUGUCGGUGGUCGUGGCCGACGUCAACGACAACCCUCCUCGCUUCCAUCACCACCCCUACGUCACGCACAUCCCGGCCUCCACCUCGGCAGGCUCCCUGGUGUUUGCCGUGACAGUGACGGACGAGGACGCGGGCUCCAACGCCCAACUCCAUUACUCCCUGACGGGCCGCAACGCCGAUCGCUUUAAGAUCGACCCCGUCCGAGGCGCCAUCACUGCCAAUGAGAAGCUGAUAGGGAGUUCAGAGGUCACCCUCACAGUCCGGGUCAAAGACGGUGGGACCAACCCCAAAACAGACACCACCACCGUGACGGUUCGCUUUGUGACCGGGGGGGACUUCCCCGUCAUCAAGAUGAAGGCCGCCGCCUUCACGUUCCCCGAGAACCAACACACCAACACCGUUGUUACCACGGUGACGGGGUCGUCCACCCGGGGCGGGUCGCUGUCCUACUACAUCGCCAGCGGCAACCUGGAUAACUCCUUUCAGAUCGAUCAGCUGACCGGGGAGCUGUCAAUCAAGCGUUCCCUGGAUUACGAACAGAUUCAGAAGUACGUCCUCUGGAUCGAGGCCAGGGACCAAGGCUUCCCCCCGUACUCCGCGUACGAGAAAGUGGAGAUAACAGUGACGGACGUGAACGACAACCACCCGGUGUUCGACCGCGAGCCGUUCCACGCGGAGAUCCUGGAGAACCUGUCUCCUCAGCGGGUUCUCCUGGUGACGGCCGUGGACCAGGACAGUGGCCCCAGUGGCCAGCUGGAGUACGCCAUCGUCGACGGCAACAAGGAGAACAGCUUCAGUGUCAACCGGGCGACCGGUGAGAUCCGGACGACCCGUCCCCUAGACAGGGAGAAGGUCGCUCAGUACGUCCUGAAGGUCAAAGCCACAGACCGGGGUUCCCCCCCCAAGACCACGACUGUGAAGGUCAUCAUCAACGUGCUGGACGUCAACGAUAACGCGCCACGGUUCUCCAAGAUCUUCAGCGCCACCGUUCCGGAGAACGCUCCGGUGGGGUACACCGUUGCCAGGGUUACCACCACGGACGAAGACGCGGGAGCUAACGCCGUCAGCCACUACUCGAUCUCCGACGCCAGUCUCCCCUUCCAGAUCAACCCCAAAACAGGAGACAUCACCAUCAGCAGGUCACUGAAUAGAGAAGACACAGAUCAUUACAUCGCCAAAGUCUCUGCUCAUGACUCUGGCUGGACAGUUAGCACUGAUGUCACGAUCUUCGUGACGGAUGUAAAUGAUAAUGCCCCUCGGUUCAGUCGGCCAUCUUACUACCUGGACUACCCCGAGCUCACAGAGAUAGGGUCGCUGGUCACCCAAGUGACGGCAACAGAUCCGGACGAAGGCUUCAACGGCAAGAUAUUCUAUUUUAUCAGAUCCCAGGCUGAAUAUUUCCGAAUCAACUCAAGCUCUGGGGAAAUCUUCGUCAAGCAGCAGCUAAAGUACCAAAACUCAACCGGUGCCGUCAGCAUCAACAUCAACCGCCACAGUUUCAUUGUCACUGCAUCAGACCGUGGGACGAGCCCCAUGAUGAGCGAAACCACGGUUAUCGUAAACAUCGUCGACAGCAACGACAAUCCACCGAAAUUUGAAUCCUCCGCCUACUUUACCCCUGUCACCAAAAGUGUCAAGGUGGGCACCAAACUCAUUCGGGUGGUUGCUCACGACGACAAAGACUUCGGUCUGAACUCUGAAGUAGAAUAUGUGAUAUCUGGAGGAAACAGCUCCAGCAAGUUCAAGCUGGAUAAGCAGAGUGGAUGGGUUACAGUAGCCUCCUCCCUCACCUCAGAUAUUAAUAAAAUCUUCAGCAUCGAUGUCACAGCCCGAGACAAAGGGAACCCUCCUCUUUCGGCUAAAACCGCGGUGCGGGUGGCCGUGACCGAGGAGAACCACCACACACCAGAGUUCUCCCAAAGCCAAGUCACUGCCACCAUUCCGGAAAGCCUUGCCGUCGGAACUGCCAUCCGAACGCUGUCGGCCCGAGACAAAGACAAAGACAUGAACGGUCUCAUCACCUAUAACAUAACCUCAGGCAACGACAUGGGGCAGUUUGCCGUCAACAGCAAAACGGGAGUUUUAACCCUGGCCCAUACUCUGGACUUUGAGGAGAAACAACGACACGACCUCCGAGUGUCCGCCACCGACGGAGGCUGGAUCUCCAAGACGAGCUAUGUGACUGUCACCAUCCACGUCACGGACGUCAAUGACAACCCACCCGUGUUCCACCCAGACGAGUACUUCCCAGUGGUGCAGGAGAACGUCCCGAGUGGGACCACCGUGGUAAAAAUGAACGCCACCGACCGAGACUCGGGGGCCAACGCCGUCAUGGCUUACGUGAUCCAGUCUUCCGAUAGCGACCUCUUUGUCAUCGAUCCGAACACGGGCGUCAUCACCACCCAGGGGUUCCUGGACUACGAGGCCAAGCAGGUCUACCACCUCACGGUAAAGGCCUUCAACGUCCCGGACGAGGAACGAUGCAGCUUCGCUAAUGUCAACAUCAAACUAAAGGGAGCAAACGAGUAUGUGCCUCGCUUCGUCUCCAAGCAGUACUACUUCGAAGUCUCUGAGGCCGCUUUGAGAGGUACGGUGGUUGGAGAGGUGUUUGCCAGCGACCGUGACCAAGGAGACGAUGGGCUGGUUUACUACCUCAUUUUUGGGAGGAGCAGAAAGAAGGGUUUCGGCAUCAACAGGAAAACAGGCCAGAUUUAUGUGACAGGCCCCCUGGACCGUGAGAAGGAGGAAAAGAUCUCGCUGAAAGUCCUGGCGAAGAACGCUGGGAGUAUCCGUGGAGCGGAUAUCGACGAGGUGUUUGUGAACAUCACCAUCCUAGAUGCUAACGAUCCUCCUGUGUUUACCCAGGAGCUCUACGACGUCCAGGUCAGUGAGGGCCUCUCUGCUGGGGGUCUGGUCACCUUCGUCAGUGCGGAGGACUCGGACUCUGUCCCCAGCUGGAGCAGGUUCUCCUACUCCAUAGCCAGCGAUUCCGCGAAAAAGAUUUUCACUAUCAACCCACAAACUGGCCAAGUGUCCAUCGCCACGGAGUUGGACAGGGAAACCACACCUGUGUACAACCUGACUCUCCUGGCUGUGGACACAGGUUCCCCUGCUGCCACUGGCAGUGCCACUUUGAUCGUGAGCUUGGAGGACAUCAACGACAACGGUCCGACUCUCACGGCGGUGAACGCAGAGGUCAUGGAGAACCAGCGAGCUGGAGUAACAGUCACGACUCUCUCGGCCACCGACCCAGAUCUGCCGCCCAACCAGGGUCCGUUCUCCUACAGCCUCCUCAACACGGGUUCGGCCACCAGCUACUUCAGUCUCAGCCACGCUGGGCUCCUGACCACCAGCCGGGAGAUCAACAGAGAGCAGAUCAGCGACUUCUACCUCUCGGUGGUGAUCAAGGACUCUGGCAUCCCCCAGAUGUCUUCCACCGGGACGGUCCACGUCAAGGUGAACGAUCAGAACGACAAUCCCUCGGAGCCGAGAUCUGUGGAGAUCUACGUCCACUAUUUUGGGAACGUGUUCCCCGGAGGUUCUCUGGGGGUUGUGAAGCCCCAGGACCCGGACGUCGAAGAUUCCUUCCACUGCUCCAUGACUGCUGCUGCUCCUAGUCUUUUCAGCAUCCCCACCGGUUCCUGCGACCUCACCUCCAAGGCCCGUUCAGCUGACGGAACAUUCGAGCUAACCGUCCGUAGCAGCGACGGCGUCCACGGUACCGUCAGCAACACCGUCCGCGUCCUCUUCAUGGGGUUCACCAACGCCACGGUGGACAACAGCAUACUCAUCCGCCUCCAGACCCCGGGGGUCCAGAACUUCCUCACGAAUCACUACCUCAGCUUCCUGCGAAUUGCCAACUCACAGCUGGCCGGGCUGGGCACGGGGGUCCUGCUCUACGGAGCCUUCGAGAUGAACAACGAGACCUUCUUGAUGGCCGCCGUGAAGCGGGGCCACGGGCAGUAUGUUAACCCCAGCGGAGUGGCUACCUUCUUCCAGAGCAUCAAGGACAUCCUGCAUCGCCAGAGCGGGGUGCGGAUCGACUCGGUGGACCACGACCCCUGCACCCGCAACCCAUGCCAGAACGGGGGCUCCUGCAAGCGCCGCCUCAGCGUGGGCCCCGACAUGAAGAUCGAAGAGAGCGUUCCGGUCAUCCUGGUUUCCAACCACCCUCUCCAGCCUUACGCCUGUCACUGUCGGCCGGGCUAUUCGGGGGCUCUCUGCGAGACGGACAUAGACGAGUGUAUGCCAUCGCCCUGCCACAACGGCGGCACCUGCCACAACCUGGUGGGAGGCUUCUCCUGUUCCUGUCCCGAUGGCUUCACCGGGAUGGCCUGUGAGAGGGACGUCAACGAGUGCCUCUCCAAUCCCUGCAAGAACGGGGCGCUGUGCCAGAACUUCCCCGGUGGCUUCAACUGCCUCUGCAAAUCCGGCUUUGCAGGCAAAACGUGUGACUCCCUCAUCAAUCACUGUGAGUGUAACCCCUGUUUUAAUGGCGGGUCCUGCCAGAACAGAGUGGAUGGAUAUUACUGUCAUUGUCUGUUUGGGGUUUUCGGGAAACACUGUGAGCUUAACAGUUAUGGCUUUGAGGAUCUCUCCUAUAUGGAGUUUCCUAGUCUGGAUCCCAACAACAACUAUAUCUACAUCAAGUUUGCCACGCUGAAGAGCAACGCGCUCCUCAUGUACACCCAUGACAACCAGACUGGAGACAAGGCGGAAUUCCUGGCUCUGGAAAUCUUUGAGGGCCGAAUGCGCUUCUCCUUUAACUUGGGGAGUGGGACCUAUAAACUAAUGACCAUGAUAAAAGUCUCCGAUGGGCAGUUCCACACGGUCAUUGCGAGGAGAGCUGGAAUGGCUGCGUCCCUGACCAUAGACCUGUGUGGAGAGGACCAGGAGCCUGGCUACUGCGCUGUCAGCAACGUGGCCGUGCACACAGACUGGAUCCUGGACGUGCAGCCCAACAGGGUGUCAGUGGGGGGCGUGCGCUCCAUCGAGCCCCUCUUGCACCGGCGGGGCCAGGUGGCCACGCAUGACUUUGUGGGCUGCAUCAUGGAGCUGGCCGUGAACGGACGCCCACUGGAGCCCAGCCAGGCGCUCGCAUCACGAGGAAUCCUGGACAGAUGCCCCAGACUGGAAGGCGCCUGCACAGUCAGUCCCUGCAGACACGGGGGCACCUGUGUGGACCACUGGUCCUGGCAGCAGUGCCAGUGUGUGGACGGCUUCACCGGAACCUUCUGUGAUAAAUACGUGUCAGUAGACACCGCUCUGUCUCUGGACGGGACGGGCCGGCUGGACUACACCAUGAGGCAAGGCCCCAAGCGAGACCUUCUGCUCCGCCUGGCUCUGCUGCCCCCCGCCCUGGCCCCCGCCCUGGCCCCCGCGGGGCCCAGCACUCUGGAGGUCAAGUUUCGCACCCGCAGCAAGACUGGCACCCUGCUGCACGUGCAGGAGAGCAGCAACUACACCACGGUGAAGCUGAAGAACGGGAACAUCCACUAUGUCUCAGACGCGGGCGUGGGGGGCAAGGUGGAGCGUGCGCUGGGCGAGGCGCCGCUGUCAGACGGCCAGUGGCACACGCUGCAGCUGCUGAGGAACGGCUCUGUCACCGCCCUCCGGCUGGACGGGGCGCGCGCCAGGCUCAUCCAGCACCCCACCCAGGACUUCGGGGGGCUGGACGUCCUCUCCCUCUCCAUCGGAGGGGUCCCGGCUGGGCCCGGACAGCAGAAAACAGCAGCAGGUUUCGACGGCUGCCUGGCCUACGUCAAGUACAACGGGGACGACCUGCCCUUCAGCGGCGAGCACAGCCUGGUCACCCUGUCCAAGACCAGCCAGUCUGUGAAGAUCGGCUGCCGGGGCCCCAACCUGUGCGAGAGCAGCCCUUGCUUGGACGGCCUGAUGUGUGUCAACCAGUGGUACACCUACCAGUGUGUCCCUCCCGGCGACUGUGCCUCCGGGCCUUGUCAUAACCGAGGCAGCUGCGUUCCCAACCCUCACUCCGGCUUCUCCUGCGUCUGCUCCGAGCUGUACACGGGCCAGACGUGCGAGACCCUGGUGGCCUGCCUGGGGGUGCAGUGCCCCCAGGGGAACGUCUGCAAGUCGGCCACCAACGGAGGCUUCGUCUGCAGCCCCAGUCCCAGCACCGAGGAGAUGCUGCUGCCCAUCUGGGCCGUGCCGGCCAUCGUGGGCAGCUGUGCCACGGCCCUGGCCCUGGUGGUGCUCAGCCUCAUCCUGUGCAACCACUGCAGGGGCCGCAACAAGACCAAAGUGCCAAAGGAGGAGAAGAAGCCCAAGGAGAAGAAGAAGAAGAAGAAGAAGAAGAAGAAGGGGAGCGAGAACGUGGCGUUCGACGACCCGGACAACAUCCCUCCGUACGGGGACGACAUGACGGUACGCAAGCAGCCGGAGGGGAACCCCAAACCGGACAUCAUCGAGAGGGAGAACCCGUAUCUGAUCUACGACGAGACGGACCUCCCCCACAGCAACGAGACGGUUCCCAGCGCCCCCUGCGCGCCGUGCAGCGGCCCCGAGGCCGACAUGGAGCACUAUGACAUAGACAACGCUAGCAGCAUCGCCCCCUCGGACGCGGACAUCAUCCAGCACUACAAACAGUUCCGCAGCCACACCCCCAAGUUCUCCAUCCAGAGGCACAGUCCGCUGGGAUUCGCCCGCCAGUCACCCCUUCCCCUGGGGGCCAGCAGCUACACUUACCAGCCCCAGUACAGCCAGGCUCUGAGGUCCACCCCCCUCAGCCACUCGCACUCCGCAUGCCCCACCCCCAACCCCCUCUCCAGGCACAGCCCCGCCCCCUUCACCAAGCCCUCGACGUUCUACCGCAACACCCCGACGAGAGAGCUCAACCUGGGCCGCCGGGAGGGAAGCCCCCUGGACCUGCACGGGGAGGCGUGCCAGUCGGGGGCCAUGUUUAACUACGCCACGCGGCUCGGACGCCGCAGCAAGAGCCCCCAGACCAUGGCGGGUCACGGCCACACGUCCAGGCCGUCCAGUCGCCUGAAGCAGCCCGUGGAGCAGAUCCCCCUGGAGACCGGCCCCCCCGUGGGGCUGUCCAUUGAGGAGGUGGAGCGCCUCAACACGCCGCGCCCCCGCAACCCCAGCAUCUGCAGCGCCGACCACGGACGCUCCAGCUCGGAGGAAGACUGCCGCCGGCCGCUGUCGCGGGUCAGGAACCCCGCCGACGGCAUCCCGGCGCCGGAGUCGUCGUCCGAGAGCGACUCCCACGACUCGUUCACCUGCUCGGAGAUGGAGUACGACCGGGACAAGCCCGUGGCCUACAGCUCCCGGGUGCCCAAGCUGUCGCAGGUCAACGAGUCGGACGCGGACGACGAAGACUACGGAGGGCGGCUCAAGCAGAGACGCUACUCCAGCAGGAGGGCGGAAGGGGGCCCCAGCGCCGCUCAGACACUCCCAGGGGACCACUACACCCUGCCCCAUAAACUGGGCCCGCAGGCGGUGGGCUUCAACUGGGACAACCUCUUGAACUGGGGCCCCGGCUUCGGACACUACGUGGACGUGUUCAAGGACUUGGCUCUCCUGCCGGAGAACGCGGCCGCCAAAGACAUUGAGAUGAACAGCGGGGAUGGUUCCGUGACCAUCCUCAACGAAGGAGAGGCGGAGCAAUACGUAUGAGACUAUUUAUUACAACGAUGUACUAUAUGGAGAUGUUCUCUGGGAAGAAAAGACAAUGUAGAUUACAAGAGAACAAUGGACUAGCGAUAUCUGUUUGUUUUUUUUAACAAGACGACCUUCAAUGCAGUAAGGCAGAAAAAAAAACAUGUUAUGAUGAAUUUUUGUGUAGUUAUUCCCUUUGAAAGAGAUUGCCAGUCUUUUAAACCUCAAACUGUACAAUCAUGCAUUCAUAUCUCUGAGGCCUCAUUAUAAGGUAUCCAUUAACACUGAAAGUUUAAACGAAAAGAAAAAAAACAAGUCUGAAUCCAAUUUGGUGACUGCAAAAAUCCAUUCAUUUUAUCUUAAUCUAACGUGUCUGUUCUUUAUUACCAAUAUUGCCUCUCCUUUGCAAAACUUCUGUCACAUUCACAACCGAAAGAUAAGAAGAGUGAUAACAUUGAAACCUCUUACAGGAAGAGAAUUCCAGCGGGCCAUAAAGCAAUAGAAAACCCAACCUGUGUGUUUUAUUUUUCGGGUCAGUUUCUCAUUUUCUAAAAGGAAGCAUGUGUAUUUGAUCCAACUGCACCUGUAGACAUUGAGAUACAGUGGAAAUGAGCACCCCACUUAACUCACACGGUAACACAGGUCUGCAAAUGUUAUGACUCAAGCAGGAGUACUCCAUCCUCCAAUCUCUCUCUCUCCCCCCCUCUUUCUCUCUCUCUCUUUAUCCCAAUAAGUCUCUCUCUGUCUUCAUUUCUUCCUGGGUGAGUUUUCUCCUGGCUGACUGGCUUAGCACUCCGAGAACAGGGAUCGUUUGAGUCCCCUGCCUUACAGACGUCUUAAGGAUUUCGUCUUUGUGAUUGAGGAAGGCUCUUUUUUUAUUGCCCAGUGGUCCAUUAGGGAGGGGGUUAUUAUGUCGUGGUCACUAAACAGUGUUUAGGGAGCAGCAGAGUUUGGGGUGUACAUCUCUACUGGGACCAGAAUCAUGACCCAGCCUAACAACUAGGAACUUGUGUACAAAAACAAAAUGAAAUGUAUUGAUGGGAAAUCAUGUAAGUCAUUUGUUUUCAGUGUUGUUGUCCAUUAUUUUUCAAUGUAUGGUUUCUACUUUUUGUACUGUUUAUUAACUUAAAUUACUUAUGCUGUGUUUUUAUGGAUAUUUUCAUACAGUACGCUGAAAUGUAUGUUCUUACUUUCAGGGAAAGUAAGAUUGAAGAGUUAUUUUUUACAUUUGUUACAUACGUAACACCGUAUUUUCCACUUUUGAUAAAACUAUAACAUAUUGUAUGCUUUGUACAUGUAAAAAGCCAAUAACAGAAUAAAAAGUAUUUAUUUAAAAGGC